UCAUUGAAGAGGAGAGUAUGGAGAAGAUGAUUGUCGCUGAAGACAAUGGCGAACAAAUCGCAAAUGAGAACGAAUACAAUGUUGACCACCUUGGAAACAAUGGAAAUGAUGUUAAUGUGGAGUUAACUGGUUGUGAAGAGAAGGAAUUAGUAUAUGGGAUAGCUGAUAAGCCUCCAGUUCAUGUGAGCAUUCUCGCAGCGCUGCAGCAAGCUCUACUGGCGCUGUCUGGCUCCUUGGUUGUGUCUCUCCUAGUAGCUGAAGCUGUGUGCGCCUCGGAUGAUGACGCGGUCAAGGCGAAGCUCUUUAGUUCUACACUUUUCAUGAACGGUAUCACCACAUUGCUUCAAGUCCUCUUCGGCAUAAGACAACCGCUUUUUCAAGGCGCUUCUUCCGAGUACAUAGUUCCGCUGUUGCUUAUGAAGACUGAUGGAAACAACUUUUGUUCCAAUACGGUGGGCAACAGUGGAAAUGCAAGAGCAAAUGCCGUUAAUGCCACCGGGAGUGUUUUAUCAGCCGGCAAUACAGAUGUUGUUCUCGACAACAUAAGAUCGCUCCAGGGUAGUCUUAUGCUAGCUGGACUGUUGCAUGCAUUUCUCGGCUUCACGGGUCUUAUCGGGAUUCUCCUACGUUUUAUCGGCCCUCUCACCGUGGUACCUACCCUGCUCCUUAUCUUCAUAUUCAUCAGCAAGCCAGUUAUCAAGUUUCUAGAAGUGAGCUGGCCAAUAUCACUAUCAACCAUUGCGAUAGGGUUGAUACUGUCUUUGUACUUGACGAAAUAUCAAAUGCCUGUUCCUGUGUGGACGAGAAAGAAAGGCUUUCAUAUCAUCCGUUACCCAGUACAUCAAGUGUUCUCAAUUCUGAUAUCAAUUAUAGUCAACUGGGUUUUAUGUGCCGUUCUCACCCACUUCAAUGUCCUGACGAACGACGUCAAUGACGUGGGAUACAAAGCUCGCACUGACUCAAGAUUGGACAUCAUACAUAGCAACCCCUGGUUCAAUUUUCCGUAUCCUGGUCAGUUCGGUGUCCCCGGUUUUAGCUCAGCAGCUUUCCUUUCCUUUUUAAUUGCAACCUUUAUCUCUGUCCUUGACUCAAUCGGGGACUACUUUGCAUGCGCAAGAAUAUGCCGAGUGCCAGCCCCACCGAGUCAUGCAGUGAAUCGCGGAAUACUAAUGGAAGGCAUAGGGACUUUUUUCUCCGGUGCGAUGGGGUGUGGCCAUGCGACAUCUACUAACGGUGGAUGUCUGGGAGCAAUUAGUGUAACCAAGGUAGCAAGCAGACAAGUGUUUGUCUUUGUGGGCAUUCUUUACCUUUUGUUCGGAAUUUUCGGGAAGUUCUGUGCCGUGUUUAUCACGAUACCGUACCCGGUACUGGGAGGGGCAAUCUGUAUUCUGUUUGGAAACUUCUUUGGUGUUAUCAUAUCCAAUCUAGAGGUAACGAAUAUGCAUGCUGGGCGGAACAUUGCCAUUCUAGGCGUGUCGACAUUCAUCGGCCUUACCAUACCAAGUUGGGCGCAGUCGGUAGGCAAGCCCGUGAAUACUGGUUACACGAAUGUUGACACUAUUUGUGGUAUGCUGCUAGGCAAUCCGAACCUCACUGGCUCCCUCUUAGCAUUCUUCCUGGACAAUACAGUACCUGGAUCCCGAAAGGACCGUGGAAUAGAUGCGUGGCAAGUGAAGGACGAGGAGGAAGAGGUGGACAGGACUGUGUACUUGGAGGGAUACGAGGUCUACCAGCCGUUGUGUCCCAGGAGAUGGCUUGGUUGGAGAGUCAUGAAUUACACACCCUUCAUGCCUUAUAAGCCGAGGCACAGAGGAGAUUAUGAUCUUGCCUUAUAAGCCGGGACACAGAGGAGAUUAUGAUCUUGCCUUAUAAGCCGGGACACAGAGGAGAUUAUGAUCUUGCCUUAUAAAUCGGGGCACAGAGGAGAUUAUGAUCUAAACAGCUCAUAGACUUUGAUUUCCAUGGAUUUGUUGUCAUUAUGA